AUGUUUUUCACCGGCCCCAAGUCGAAGUCAUCUUCGAUGUCCAGAUCAAUAGCGAUCGCGUGCAAUAAUCAGGCUGCAACGUAUAGCUCUGUUCAUAUACCACGCUCAUGUCGAAGCCUCCACCACGCAGCACGACCGCUAUUCCGGCGGACUAUUCACUCACAGCAAUUCCAGCCCUUCGUUCCUCCCGCCCCAGAAUCCCUCGGAAAGCCCAUUCGCGCGAAGACAUACCCACGGGCGCGCAGGUGGCUUCGCCGGCUCUUUUACCUAGGAACCUCCCUCGGCGCAUUAUACUUGGUUGAUGGCCAGUUCAAUGCAUCAUGCGUCACUCGUACUACCCGCACAUUCGCACUGGGUCUCUUCGUUGCCCUGGACUAUAAAAUCAACUUUCGGCCCAAUCCCCCAUUAGCGAAAUCCAUAGCAGCCGUACACGCUCGAAGCGCAGAGCGGUUGUCAGUUCUGCUACGUGAAAAUGGUGGGUUGUACUUGAAAAUUGGCCAGGCAAUUGCCAUGCAAGCCGCCGUGCUUCCGCCGGAGUUCCAGAAAAUGUUCUCACGUAUGUUCGAUGACGCACCCCAGAACGAUUGGAAAGAAGUCGAGAAAGUGAUUAGAGAGGAUUUUGGAAAAUCUGUCGAAGAGGUAUUUGGAGUCAGCUUCGACGGAGAUCCGAGUCGUGGGGUCAUGGAGAGGACUGCCAGAGCCAGUGCUAGUGUAGCGCAAGUUCAUUGGGCUAGGCUAGCGGACGGAAGAGAAGUGGCCAUAAAAAUACAAAAGAGAGAGAUUGCACGGCAGGUAGAGUGGGACCUAUGGGCAUUUAAGGUUAUCUCGUACCUCUACUCCAAAGCUUUUGACAUCCCCUUCUACAGCCUAGUCCCGUUUGUAACUGAACGGCUCUUUUUGGAAACGGACUUCGAAAAUGAGGCGGAUAACGCCGAGCGUAUGUCAAAGUUGAUUUCUAACGAACCACGGCUCCGCAAUAGAGUGUAUAUACCCAAGGUGUACCGUGAGCUUAGCUCCAAACGCGUCAUGACUGCUGAAUGGAUUGAAGGGGUAAGAUUAUGGGACAAGGACUCCCUGACACGGCCCUGGAGAGGAGGUUGGUACCAGGGAAGUCCCGGCUGUCAUGGAGCUCCUCUACAGCCGUCUGACGGUAAAACACCUCCUCGUCGUGCGGGAGGCCCCGCCAUUAUUGAUAAGCUAAAGCCGGAUCGUGACUACUGGAAAGGGAAAAAUGGUCGUGGCGGCUUGGGCUUGUCUUUAAAGGAAGUCAUGACAACCAUGGUAGAUUUAUUCUCCGCACAGAUGUUUCUCUGGGGAUGGCUGCACUGCGACCCACAUCCUGGAAAUUGGUUUGUCCGCCGACAACCUUCUGGAAAGGCUGAGCUGGUUCUCAUAGACCACGGCCUCUAUGUCCACAUGGAUCCGAAAUUCAGGCAUGAAUAUGCUCGAUUCUGGAAGUCCCUACUAACAUUCGAUAACGCUGCUAUUUCUGAAAUAGUCCAGGGUUGGGGUGUUAGAAAUCCAGAUAUUUUCGCAUCACUUACCUUGUUACGACCCUAUGAGGGAGGCGAGCACACCACAUUUAAGCAAUUAGAAGGACUGAGCAAACGGGAGAGAGCCGAACGCCAUUAUGCGGCACAGCAAGCUAUGAGCCAAGCUAUACGUGACUUCCUUGGUGAUGAGACGAAAUGGCCUCACGAGCUCAUCUUUAUAUCCCGCAAUUUCCGUAUUGUCCAGGGAAAUAAUCAAUUUCUAGGAUCUCCAGUGAACCGCAUCAAGAUAACAGGAACAUGGGCAUCCCGUGCCUUAAUAGAAUCCCCAGAUCUCCCACUGUCAGAAAAGAUAAAAAAUUAUGGACGUCACAUCAUAUUCAAGUGCGUCCUGUUUACAUCCGAUAUCUUCUUUUACGUCACCAAGAUCAGACAGAUCUUGGGCAUAGGCGGUGGCAUGGAAGACGAACUUGAAGCCCAGAUGCAGAGUAUAGCAAAGGAUAUGGGCGUUGACCUGAGCCAGCCUGUAUUUAACGGCUAA